ACGCAUUCUGCGGCCGGCGGACCGAUGUCCCGCAGUCAUCAGUCCCCCUAUCCGUGGCGCAUAUCAGGUCCCACCAUGGCUUCCAGGUUCCAGACUCGGGCAUCGGACACGGCGGCUUUACGUGCGGAAGAAAAGUCAGUCGAAGGUGGAAAUCUUUCAAAACGUGGCUCGGAACUGAAGGACAGGUCAUCCUCCUCCCUCGAUCUUCCUCAGGCCCGCUGCCAUCUUGUAGUAUUAUGACGUCCCUCCUCGCCGCUGAACUCGCUGCGCGUGGCGCGCAUAAGGCGAGCUUCGAGGAGGCUAUCGAGGAGCAUGAAAAUGACAUUACGGACGGGCCGCACAACGCACGUAUCUUUCGUCGUAGAUCCUCUGUCCUUGCGCCCGACACCUCCGCGCUUGAGAUCGGGGAAACCGGGUCCGUCUCUUCUCUAGAGCGGCCAAAAACACUGACGAGCGAGCGUGUCCGCCGACGUUCGGAACUCGCACGCUUCCGCCCUCUCGACUCACCGCCAGCUAACGAGCCGGAGGCCAUCGAGCUCCCCGUCAUCAACGAGCAUACUCUCGCCUCUUCGUCCAGCGUGCACACUCCCGACACUACAUUUCGCGACGAUGUGAUGUUUGUGCCCUCCAAGAGCGAUGAUGUCGAGAUCGCGCCCAGUUUCCCCAACUCGCUCGCUCCGUCAAUCAAGAUCGACGAUGACACGGACUCGACUGUCCCCGCUAUCUCGGCCGCGCAGAAGGCUAUUCACCGGCGAAAGUUCCUCCUCACCUUUCUGACCCUGUGCUUUUCUGUGUUCUUGAAUGGUUGGAACGACGGGACUACUGGUCCACUGUUACCUAGGAUCCAGGCCUAUUACCACAUUGGCUUCGCUGUCGUUUCGCUAGUUUUCGUGUUCAACACCAUCGGGUUCAUUAUCGGAGCAUUUGCGAAUGUGUGGCUAACCGAUAAAUUUGGGUUUGGGAAGUGCCUAGUCAUAGGUUCUGUCUGUCAAAUUGCCGCGUACGCGAUGAUGGUCCCAGCAGGACCCUUCCCCCUCAUGUGUCUUGCCUUCAUGAUCAUCGGGUUUGGCCUAUCCCUCCAGAACGCGCACUGCAACGGCUUCACUGCUGGCUCUGGCGGGAAUAUAGCGACGAAAAUAGGGUUUCUGCAUGCGUCGUACGGUUUGGGUGCUCUGAUCUCUCCCUUGGUCUCUACUCAGUUCGCCCAGCAAAAGCAUUGGUCCUUCCACUAUCUGAUCUCCGCGGGGUUGUACGUACUCAACACUGCUGCGCUUUGGUGGAUCAUCCGUGGUAAGCGCCAAGAAGAGGUCAUGGUGGAGAUUGGGAAUACCAACCCCGACACACAGGCGGUUUCCUCAAAUAAGUACAAGCAGAUCUUCGGCAUUCGUGAGAUCCACCUCCUCUCCGUCUUCGCCCUCAUCUACGUCGGAGUCGAAGUCACCAUCGGUGGCUGGAGUGUCACCUACGUGCAGGAGAAGCGGCACGGGAGCUCGAACGCGGGCUAUAUCUCGUCUGGUUUCUUCGGCGGUCUCAUGCUCGGCCGUAUCCUCUUAAUGUGGCUGAACCGGAAGAUUGGCGAACGACGUGCACUCUUCCUUUACGCUCUCCUCGCAAUCCAACUCGAAGUGACGGUCUGGGUUGUCCCCUCUCUCGUUGAGAACGCCAUAGCAGUCUCCUUUAUCGGCCUAUUGAUGGGGCCCAUGUACCCUAUCCUCAUGAACCACAGCACGACCAUCCUCCCCCGCUGGCUCCUCACGGGAUGCCUGGGUUACAUCGCGAGUGUCGGCCAGGCUGGCUCCGCCGUGCUCCCGUUCCUCACGGGCUUGCUCGCGUCUAAGUUUGGAAUCGUCAGUCUCCAGCCUUUCAUCGUGUCGAUGAUGUCGACGAUGAUCGUGGUGUGGGCGCUGAUCCCACGCGUCCGUCAUGUCCCGACUUGACCUCAGAGUAGAUCCAUUGUUUCUCUUGCAGGGCACAAGCUGUCGGUUUGGCAGAUCGCUGGAUGCUAGAUACUGUGUUUGUGACAGGAUGUGAGUUGGUAUGAGUGUCGCGAGGCUGUACGUUGCUACUUUUCAUGGGUUUCACGCUGUUGUAUUGUCCAUCUACGAUCGUGGAAGAUUGAU